AUGAAAAAAGAAAAUAAGGAAUUUCGAGUCACGCACAACCGUGAACGGUCCGCAACGCCGACACCGACCAUGAACCCCUCUCAUGGGCUGGGUUGGGCCGCGACAGACUCGCGUUGGCAACGACCCCCGACUCGUUCAGUCUUUGGAGUUGACACUGACAGUGCGGCCAUGGCGUCAAGAAAGCCUCUUGCACUGGGAACUGCUUUUGUUGACGGCGGCUCCUUCGCGCACCGUCGAGGACUCCGACCCCGCUCGGAAUCUCCGCGCCAUCAUCACGCGCUACUGGCGGAAUCGUCGCCCUCGAUGCACCGUCACGACGUCGACUAUCGUACCCACGACGAUAACGGUAAUCGCAACCGCAAUUACGACAGUAACAACAACAACAAGGUUCCAAGACCGGGAGAUGGAGGACAGACACAAUCUUCCUCCAGCCGCAACCUUAACAAUCAAUCGAUACGUCGAUCCAUUGUCGCACCAAUCCCCGCCGUCUCUUUCAACGACAACGCCGGGAUCUUCUACAACGAUUACGAUGGCGGUGAUGACGACAACCUGAGUAGAAGAAGUUACAACACAGCGACGAUGAACCUGCACAAAACAACCCGCUUGCAAUCGUUUCUGCAUCUCCUUAAAGGCUACGUAGGCCCGGGCUGUCUCAGCCUACCCUGGGCCGUCUCCCAGCUCGGCAUUACGUCCGGUGUCAUUGCAACCUUUGUCAUGGCUUACUGGAGCUCGUACAACUGCUGGACUGUUGUGCGCUUCAAACGCAUCUGUCAGAAUUCCAACCACUACGGUCCCUUGCCUUUGACGUAUCCGGACCUUGCUGGUUGGCUCUACGGACCCCGCUUCCAGCGUUUUACCACAACUUGCAUCUGCAUUCAGCAACUCGCAAUUUGCACCGUCUUUCUCAGCUUUGUUGGUGCCAACUUGAGUGCCGUAUUGGUGGCCGUUUGGUCCGUUCCGCUCACUCACGUGCAAGUCAUUUCGUGCUGCUUGCCCGCGGUCCUCGCUUUGUCCUUUCUGCCCAAUCUCAAGGCACUGGCGCCGGCGACGGCGACCGGAGCGGCGUUUCUGGGCUUGGCUUUGCUCUGUUUGAGUACCGUCAUUGGCCUCCAAUGGAACGAUCGACCCCGGCACGAAGCUCUGUCCGUGGAUUGGACCAGUGUGCCCUUGGCUUUUUGUGCCAUCUUGUACAGUUACGAGGGCAUUUGCCUCGUCCUUCCGGUGGAAUCCAGUAUGCAACGGCCGGAACACUUUCAAAGCACCUUUGUGACGGCCAUGAUAGCUUCGGCUGUCGUCUUUGCCCUCGUGGCCUCAUUCUGUGUGGCAGCUUUUGGGCCAGUGACGAACGGUUCCGUCACCGCCUUUUUGCUGGAAAAGUAUGCCGAUCGGCGUCACUUGCAGGGAUUGUUGCUAGCGGCCAACGGAUUCGUGAGUCUUUCCGUUCUGGUCACGUAUCCGUUGCAGCUAUUUCCCGCUCUGGAGUUGGUGGGACCCUGGUUUCGGCCUUGGGAGAGAUGGGUGCAAUCAUGGGGAUCGUCGACGACCACAUCAACCUCGACCAAUAUACAGACCAACUUCACAUCACUUACCAACACCGACGAGUCCGCAUCGGACUCGCACAAUCAGUACAGCGCCGAUGACGUCCACGACGAACGCAUGGAACCGCUCGAUAUUAGUCCCGUAUCCAGUGUCGCCCGUUCGGCACUAGUGGAAGCGGCUCCGGAGGCCAGCCAUUCCCCGGUUGCCAGAAUAUCGCUAGUAAUGCUCACAUACGUGGUCGCCGUGGCAGUUCCCAACGUACAGAUCCUCAUCUCGUUAGCGGGCGCCUUGGCCGGCUCGUCGACAGCCUUGCUCAUUCCUCCCGCGCUCGAACUGGCGUAUUUGAAACAGUACGGCACGGAAAGUGAUACCAUGUCGAUAGGCAUGGUUUCCCUGCGAGUAUACAUUCUGUUGGCCUUGGGAUUGAUCUUCAUGGGCAUUGGGACUGGGGCGUCUUUGUUGGAUAUCUACCGGGUCUAUACGCAAAGUGGCGAAGAAACGGGUUCCGACAGCGCGUCCUCCGUGUAA